AUCCUAAACUCCUCCCCUCGAUGCAAUCCACUUCCGUUCUGGCGGGCUGGGUUUGUUUUGCUAGCUAGCUCCAUUGUACCCACAAAGCACUGAUAUCGCAAUGACAAAGAGGAUAUAAAAUGUACAACAUGAAGAAAAGUGGUUCGGGAACGACGUGUGCGGUAGUUGGUUGCAAACACUCGAGAAAGCACCUGAACGAGUGGUUAAAUAGAGAAUGCUACGACCACAAACCAGCUACCAAGAGGCAAUGUCCAUGCGCUCCAUUGUUUAAAUUUUUUCGCAAGCCUGAUACCGACUCGGAAUCAAGGACGUGGCUGAAGGCAUUGAAUUUAAAGAAACCACCCCGCAACGUUUUUGUUUGUUCGUAUCACUUUGUUGACCAAAAACCAACCAAGGAGAAUCCUUUCCCAGAGUUGUGGUUGGGACACAAUCGCCCUCCCCAGCCAAAGAGGUGUCAAUUCACCCAGCGGACCACUGCCUCCACCCAGAUAAAGAAACGCAGAAUUGAAUCCGAGGGUGCCAAAUCUGAUGACUCGUUGUCCCCUGACUGGGUACCAUCCAUCUUCACACACACACCAGCCAUCAAGAAGAGAAUAGGGGAGAGUUAUGAGCAGCACAACAGAAUGAAGAGCAAGUGGGUGGAGGAGAAGAAGAAGUCAGAUGCAGUGGAUGUCCUCCUAGAACUGUCAUCAGAGCCUGAUGCUGAGCUGGCGCCACUUGAGGAGGAAGAACAACAGUGUGACAACAGACUAUGUAAGGAAAAGACUGAAAGAUUACAAAAAGAAUGUAAUGAGCUCAGGGAGGAAAACCAAAGGUUGCGCUCAUCCAAUGUAAAGUGGAUGUAAAUACCUGAGAGAGUGUGGUGUGUUGUUGGUUGGUGGGGACUGUGUGAACGCCACAACCGACCAGGAGACUUCCGGCUCUGAUGCACCCUGGCAGGAGAACAGGUGAGUUCACUGGAGAUGUACACAUCUUACUCACACAGGAAUGGAGUAAAGUGGAGGACAAAGUUGUGUGCUUGGGUUUCAACAGAGGAGUUAAUAAUGUUGAUAUUGGCCGGGUUUCCCAGAUUCGUUAAGAAGCUCUUAACGCUAAGAGCUUCUUAACGAAUCUGGGAAACCUGGCCAUUGACUGUAAGUAUCCUCCCUAACUGCUAGUGUCUCCUCUAGGAGACCUGUCUGAUGAUGAGUAGUAGGAGGAGGCCUAAGAGCCACAGAGCCCUGGAUGAGACCAGAGUCAUCAGAAACGUUGAAGCGCUUGAUGAGCGGUCCUUUCAGGAAGGAGAGGCUGCCCCUUCUCAAAGGCAUCAACACACAGGAAGGAGAUGGGCCCUAUUGUUUUUAUAAAAAUUCAAAUGUAUUUCCUUUACAAACCUUAAAUAAAGAAUUCCAUGCUUGGAA